UUCGGCCAUGAGUGCUCGGUGAUCCCGCGGCGCUGCGAAUCGCGGACCCGGGACUUCGAGAGGCAAUGCUGGCUCGGCUUUGAUUGGCUUGGGGGACAGUGAAGAAACCCCAAAAUGGAGGACUUUUCUACCAGGACCUACGGCACCAGUGGCCUGGACAACAGGCCUCUGUUUGGAGAGACGUCGGCCAAGGAAGAUGCAUCUCGUUUAUCCUGUGGCUUUGCACAAUCCCAGCCCACGGUGCACACUGUCCGAGAAACACAGCUCUGGUCCACCCAUCUCGGUUUGGACCAGCCACAUUCCAGGCGUUCAGUAACCGGGCAUAGCUGGUGCUGCGUACUGGGCAGCGCGCUUCUAAAGAUCGAAUCAUCAAUUUAGUUGUUGGCAGCUUAACAUCCUUACUGAUUCUAGUAACGCUGAUCAGUGCUUUUGUUUUCCCUCAACUACCUCCAAAACCGUUGAAUAUAUUUUUUGCUGUCUGCAUCUCUUUGAGUAGUAUUACUGCCUGCAUACUUGUGAGUACUUUUUAGAAUAUAAAUUCAGUAUCCUUGAGAGCUGAAGGUUGCAGUUUAUGGGACAGAUUUCCAGCCCUGGCAGAUGUCUGUAUGAAAGGAUAUCUCUAAUUACAAAACCGUCCUUGGGUGGGCACGAAUGAAAGGGUAUCAGGGUAUCUCUCAUUAUAUCUGAGUUUCCUUUUCUCCUAAAUCCCAAAGUUGUAACCCUAAAAGGAAACUACUACCUUAAUAGCAAAAAUAAAACAAAACCCAAAAAACUCAGGUGGCCAAAGAGUUGAUGUAAUUUUCUUAAUUCAUCUUCCUUCAAGGACUACAUACAGAGCCCAACAGGCUUUGGGAAAUGCCAUUACUCCUUCUUACUUCUAAUAAUUUAAAAAGUAGUCUAUUUUAAUCUCUUGAGCUUUAUCUUCCCCAGUGAAAGUAAUUAACACUAAAAUCUCUUGGCAAACCUAAAACUGCAGUUGUAUCCUUUCCACAACAAUGUUUAAUUUUACUACAAAGAAGCCUUUUAGGUAAAGAAAUAAAGAUGGUGGAUCCUCA